AUGAAGUGGUCUACAGCAAAUUUAAAAAGUCCAAGCUAUACAGAAAAUCACGAACUAUACGUUGGCACUAGUACCGGCACGUUCAAAAGGCUUGUUCCUGCUUUUGAGGAGAAUCCUUUUGUUCAACGUAAUCUAUACGAUAUUAAUCAGCUUGAGAAAGACGAUAGGGUUACUGCGCUUUCUUUUGGGAAUGAUACCUCAGAGAUUUUUAUUGGGCGGGCAAAAGAAAGUGUCCAUAUGCAUUCUCUCCGCAGUGACACAGUAGAGCGCACAAUCAAACUUAAAUUUGCGCACGUAGUAGGUUUUGCACGUUUUGAUGAUUUCUUAGCCGCCGGAUUUUCUAAUGGUCAAGUGCAACGAAUAUCCAUUGAGAGCAGCGCUGAUUCAGAGCUCAUUAUUAAUAGUGGCGACGACAUGUCACAUUUGCGGCAAUGUCCAACCAAUCGAAAUCUGGUAGCCACAGGAGGUAAAGGUCGUCAAAACAAUUUAAAGGUUUUCGAUAUGGCAGCAGAUGGAAAACAAAUAUUCACUUCGAAAAAUUUGCCAAACGACUACCUUCAGUUGGAGGUACCCGUGUGGGAUAGCGACGUUGGAUUUAUCGAUUCACCACAUACGCUGGCUACUUGUUCUCGUUAUGGUUAUGUGCGGCUUUAUGACACACGUAAACAACGACGGCCAGUGCAGUGCUUUGCUGCCGAAGAACAAAUGAGUUUUGCUACUUUGGGCGCACAUGGAAAUUAUAUAUACGCAGGUACUACUAUGGGCGCUAUGAAGGCAUUUGAUAUAAGGCGCAUGAAGACUUUCGUACACACUUACAAAGGAUGUACUGGUGCCAUCAGUGAUGUGUCAUUAGACUCUACGGGUAAAUACCUAGCUUCAGCCUCUUUGGAUCGUUAUGUGCGUGUGCAUCAUGUUGAUUCCACAGUACUGCUGUAUCAAUGCUAUGUUAAAUCAAAAGCUACACGCGUUUUAAUACGUCAGUCGGCCGAAAACCCCAACUGCAGUACAACUGAAGCAACUGAGGAAGACCUGGAUAAAACCGAAAACUCGACCAAAAAAAUUAAAAUUUUAAAACCUACUGUUCCAGAGGAUAAGGAGUACGAGGAUAUGUUUGAAAAUAUGCAAACUAUUUGUGACGACGAUGAUGUCAGCGACGCUGAGAAAGGAGAAGAAAAAUCUAAAAAAAACGGGAGUAAACGAAAAGGGGAUAAAAACUUUAAUAAAAGCAAAAAGAAGAAAGAGUGAAUUGAUGGAUCUAUUUUUACAUAGGCUUAAAAAUGUAUAAAUAAUUUAAAAUUAGAGGUUAUGAUAAUUACAAAAUAAAAGUUGUUAUCCUGUCAAAGA